UCAGAUAGUGCCAUUUUGGUAGGCCUUACAUGGUGCUUUCAAUUGUCGCCUCGUGGAAAAACAUUGCCGUGAGCUUGUGUACUUCACUUUGAAUGAGGGACGAGACGAACGCGUUGUCAAAGUUGUUCCGCUUCUUCCGCCUGCGCAGCGCACUUUGAGGAACUCCGUUUGUCGAAUUACUUUGCGGGGACAUCGUGCGCAGUUUUCAUUAAGAGGCACAUUCGAGCGGUCGUCGUCCGGUGUUGACGACACAGCUCCCCGUCCCAGCGAACAAAGGAACAGUAAGGCCGAUGCUCGCUUGCUAGCGCAGUCCAAGGGAAACAAUCUAUAUGAAAUUAUUCAAAGUAAAACCCGCCGUUACGCCAUUUUUGUUAUAGUGUCUUCGCUUGAGACGUCUUUGUUUCAGAUUAAACAAACAAUUUAGCCUGACUCAUUCAGUCCCGCUAGCAGCGUCGGCUAAGGUUAGCCGCGAUUGUGGACAGCUAGCGAGCUAACUGCUAACUUUAGCGCUGUUUUGAUCCAGGCACUAAGUUUUCUUUUCGGGCGAAAAUGGCGGAAGUGUACAUUCGGGUGGCGGAGGAGGAAAACGAGGAGCCCAUGGAGAUCCCGUCGGAGGACGACGGCACGGUUCUGCUUUCAACCGUGGCGGCUCAGUUUCCAGGGGCAUGCGGCCUGCGGUUCCGGAGCCCCGUGUCUCAGUGCAUGCGGGGAGUGCGUCUGGUGGAAGGGGUCCUACACGCGCCAGAAAACGGAUGGGGGAAUGUCGUGUACGUGGUGAACUAUCCGAAAGACAACAAAAGAAAAAUGGAGGAAAUCGAUGCCUCUUCUGCUGUGAAGAUGAAGCGAGGGGACAUGAAGACGUCUGAUCUGAUCGUACUGGGACUUCCGUGGAAAACAACCGAACAGGACCUGAAGGACUACUUCAGCACGUUUGGAGAAGUCAUCAUGGUUCAGGUAAAACGAGAUGCCAAGACCGGGAACUCCAAAGGAUUCGGCUUUGUGAGGUUCACAGAGUACGAGGCUCAAGAGAAGGUGAUCUCCCAGCGCCACAUGAUCGACGGGAGAUGGUGCGACUGCAAGCUCCCUAACUCGAAGGUGAAUAUGCAAGGUCCAGACGAGCCGCUCAGGAGCCGGAAAGUGUUUGUAGGCCGUUGCACAGAAGACAUGACCACAGACGACCUACGGCAGUUCUUUAUGCAGUACGGAGAAGUCACAGAUGUCUUCAUCCCCAAACCAUUCCGUGCUUUUGCCUUCGUCACGUUUGCCGAUGAUCAGGUUGCCCAGUCUCUCUGCGGAGAGGACCUUAUAAUCAAAGGAGUCAGCGUUCACAUCUCAAAUGCUGAGCCCAAACACGGCAAUAGGCAGUUUGAUCGUACAGCAAGAUUUGGAAAUGGUUUUGGAGCUCAAGCAUUUGGUAGCAGCCGUAGUGGGUUAGGGAGCAGCACCAACAGUAGUCUGGCUAAUUUCGGCUCCUUCAGUCUGAACCCGGCCAUGAUGGCUGCUGCUCAGGCUGCUCUGCAGAGUAGUUGGGGGAUGAUGGGUAUGCUGGCUAGCCAGCAGCAGACGUCCACCUCAGGCAGCACCUCCAGUGGAACGAGCUCUAGCAGGGACCAGAGUCAGUCUUUCAGUACAGGCAACAGCAACUAUGGCACCAGCUCGGCCGGCCUCGGCUGGGGAACAGGGUCAAACUCUACGACCAGUGGUAGUGGGUUUAACUCAGGGUUUGGGUCCAGCAUGGAGUCAAAGUCAUCUGGGUGGGGUAUGUAAGUUAAGUGUUUGUAUGGUAAGUAUUGUGAGAAAGAGAGUCUUUUCGAAAUUUAUUUCUGGUGUUAAUGCGUAUCUGAAAACUUAACACUUUUGUGGAAGAUGUUUUGUACAUUUGGAAAAAAUGCUAAAGAUUUAAUUUAGAACGUGUCGAAGUGAAUUGUUUACCAGGAUGUCUGACUAAAGUGCUAUUUUUGACGUCUCAUUUGUUUGUAUCCAUUUCAACUGGAUUCUCUAAUGCAUGUAUUGUGAAAUGUGAUAACCAUUUUGAAAAUGCAUGAAUGUUUGUGGUUCACCAUUAUCCGGCUUUGUCACCGACCUAAAAGGCAAUCUUGCAUUGGGAAGAAUCUGGUUGAAACCUAAAUGUUUUUAAGUGCAACUUUAUUUGCAGUCAAGUUCUAUGGAAAAGCCUUCAUUGAAAUCUCUUCUGCAGUUCACCUCUCUUCCAUUUUCCCGUGAGGAAGCUCCUCUUUGGCAGCAUUCUUGGGGUGAUAUCGGUAUCAUUCUCCCUCUUCCCACCUGUAAAUGCUAUGCCAUCAAAGAACGGCUUCACUCCGCAUGUUCUAAGAGACGGUGGGUGUUUUCACUUUUAUCCACUUUUAAAUGGAAAGAACUGCGCAACUGACAUUUUAAGAACUGAUGAGUGCGAUUGAGGAUGGCUUGUGACGAAGAGUGAAGCGAUGAUGAGUGAGCGAACGGAGAGACGCGUGAAACGGACUGGUUGUGCGGUGAAAGAGCCCAAGUUGACUGCUUUCUGAGUGUGUGAGUGGAAGCUGCAGAUGCUACGAGCGCCUCCCCCCUAACAUGGACAUUCUUUAAUUAGUACUUCAAGAUUUUUUCCUUUUUUUUUUUUUUGUUUUUUUAAUCUUUGCAAGUUUUUUCCUUACUCUUAAGUAUGUCUAUCAAGUGCAGAAAUAUCAAAAUGUAGUGGAAUGUUGUGAUGAAUCUUUGUACUGCUUAUAUUAUCUGAUUUGAAUGCUGUAUGGUGUGUGCUUUCAUGUUACCGAACCGAUCUGUAAGUGUGUACUUGAUGUGGAUGACACCUGCUGAAGACUCUGGGGGACGCGAGUGAUAGUGUGAGAACGUGGAGUGGUGUGUCCAAAGGUUCCCAGUAGCUCUUUGUCUGUGAGGUGCUGAAAAACAUGUCAAAUGAAGGGAGUUCUCUAAUAAAGUUCAUUUGAAUAGAUGCUUA